AUGGGUGGAAUUUCCUUGGAGGAUUUGGCAUUGCUGAACUGGGCAGAGAUGUGGGGCCGUAUUGAUAUACUGAUGACAUUGAUUGUUGAGGGGAUCCACGUAUGUGGGACCCGAAAAGGGGCUUUACAGGGGGAAAUUUUUGUCCGGCAUGCGUUUUGUGAUCUGUCGCUUUUGUCAUCAGCCACUUUUCGGGAUGUGGCGGAGCUUCGAAAAUUGCAUGCAAUGACGCAACAGCCGCUGCAGGCGUUCUCCGUAAUGGAAGAUUGCCGCUUCUCAGACCUUGAGAGUGGGGAGGUGUGCGCACUCAGACGUGCAAAUUUCUCUCUCCGUGCCGUUGUCGAGGAUUACGAGCUGCGCCUCCGUGAGUGA